AUGUCGCGGUUUUACUGGCAGGAGAGGUGUCGCUCCCGCCGGGAGCCCUGGCGCCCUGCGGGGCUGGGGGUUGGCAUGCGGAGGCCGGGUCUGCGCUCCACAGUCAGCCCAGGGGCAGUGCCCGUGGUGAAGCCCGCCGUGCUACCUGGAACCAAAGCCCUCUCUGCCGUCUCGGCUCAGGCCGCCGCUGCGCAGAAGAACAAACUCAAGGAGCCCGGGGGAGGCUCGUUUCGGGAUGACGAUGACAUCAACGAUGUGGCCUCGAUGGCGGGAGUCAACCUGUCGGAAGAAAGCGCACGAAUAUUAGCCACGAACUCUGAGUUAGUGGGCACCCUGACGCGGUCCUGUAAGGACGAAACCUUCCUCCUACCAGCGCCUUUGCAGAGAAGAAUCUUAGAGAUCGGUAAGAGACACGGCAUCACGGAGCUGCACCCCGACGUCGUGAGUUACGUGUCGCACGCCACGCAGCAGAGGCUCCAGAGUCUCGUAGAGAAAAUCUCAGAGACGGCCCAGCAGAAGAACUUCUCGUACAAGGACGACGACAGGUACGAGCAGGCGAGUGACGUCCGGGCUCAGCUCAAGUUUUUCGAGCAGCUCGAUCAGAUCGAAAAGCAGAGGAAAGACGAGCAGGAGCGAGAGAUCCUCAUGCGAGCGGCCAAGUCUCGAUCCAGACAAGAAGAUCCAGAACAACUAAGGUUGAAACAGAAGGCGAAAGAGAUGCAGCAGCAGGAGCUGGCGCAGAUGCGGCAGCGGGACGCCAACCUCACCGCGCUGGCCGCCAUCGGGCCCCGGAAGAAGCGGAAGGUGGACUCUCCGGGACCGGGGUCGGGGACGGAGGUACGGGCGCGGGGGCGGCGGGGGCCUCGGGGGCGGCUCGGCUCCGCCUGCUCCGAGGGAGCCUGGCAGCCGAGGGGAAGGCGUCACUGCUGA